AUGCCUUCUCAAAACCCUCGAGGCCGACAGGCCGUUGAGAUAUCAUCAGCAUUUACUGCUCUCGCUUUCUUUACUGUUGCGCUACGCCUAUACGCUCGCUUUUUUCUCGUCCGCUGCGCGGGCCUCGAAGACUAUGGCAUUGUUCUCGCGAUGAUCUGCUCCAUUGGCCUAACCAUUGCAAUUGGUUUCCAAGCGGAAUACGGCAUGGGCCAGCAUCUAAAGGAUCUCCAGCCAGAGACUGUGCAAAUGUCACUCCAGGCUUUCUUUUCCAGUUUAAUCGUAUACUACUUGUCUUUGGGAUUGACAAAGGCUUCCAUCUUGUUACAAUACCAGCGAGUCUUCACCACGAAGCGAUUCCAACUAUCGUGUUGGAGUCUCAUGGGUGUAGUCAUCAUCUACGCUCUCUGGACAGUUUUCGGCAGCAUCUUCGCGUGCGUUCCGGUACGGGCGUUCUGGACCCGAGAGCCCGGCGCAAAAUGCAUUGACCAAUUCUCCAUGUGGUUUACCAAUGCGGCAAUGAACAUCGUGACCGACUUCGCCAUAAUCAUACUUCCGAUCCCAGUCAUACAGAGCCUGAAUCUCGGACGCAGACAGAAGGUCGCUUUGAUUUCCAUCUUCGCGGUGGGUGGAUUGUAA